AUGGAUCCCAAACAGCGCUUCUACAGGCACUUCCAGGACAGCAUCGAGGUCCUCCAGGACCAGAUCGGCCAGCUCGAGUCCGUCUUCGCCGUCGCCGGCGAGCGCCAGGAAGCCGUCGACCAUGUCCUCGCCGCCAUUGCCAAGCUGCAGAACGAGGUGGCGGAUGCUGCCGAAUACGCGCCGUCGUACGACAGGAUGCAGUACUCCGAGACCAUCAAGGGCCUCCAGGAUAAGCUCGGCGACACCAUUGCCAGAGUCACGCCCAAGUCUCGCUUCCAGUUCCGCCGCUCCCUGGCCGACGCCCACGUCGACAUGGGCGCCCCGGAGAACGACCCCCGACUCAACCCCGGAAGCCUCGCCAGGAACCCGCACACCCCCCGCCCGGAGCGCUACCGGGGGGGGGUCGAGGGCGCCGACGUGCUCGGCAACCUCCCCCAGAGCCCCAAGCUGGCUAGGGACUACAACAAGGAGCUUUCCCGGCCCGGCACCUCGGCCAUCCGCAAGCCCAGCUUCUCCGCCGCCAACAACAUUGGCAUCUCGGACCAGGCAGCCCUGCACAUUAUCCUGCCCUCGUCGGCGGCUCGUGCCACGGCCUCGGGGAGCCUGACGGGCCUGCGCGACUGCAUCGUCGACAUGUCGAUCCCGACGGCACAGGGGAAGCCCUUUGCAGGUCUGUCGCUCAAGGCCAUCUCCAACAGCCUCAUCGUCGCCGGCCGAGUGAGCGGACCCGUCCACAUUACCGACAUCUCAGACAGCAUCCUGGUUGUGGCGGCGCGCCAGGUCCGCAUCCACGACUGCAAGAAUGUCGACGUGUACUUGCACUGCAGCAGCCAUCCCAUCAUCGAGGACUGCACUGGCAUGCGCUUUGCGCCUCUUCCCAAGUGCUACGAGACUGAGGCGGAUUCAACGACGGAGAACCAGUGGGAUCAUGUUGACGACUUCAAAUGGCUCAAGGCGGGCCAUAGCCCCAACUGGACCACCCUAUCUGGCGCCCAGAUGCUCGAUGACGAGAUAUGGACCAAGGUGGUCCCAGGCCAGCCGGGCGCGAGCGUGGGCGAGACUCUGAGAAAGGUCGGCUUGCCACGACAUUGA